AUGGUGUUGAAGAGGGUGAAGGUGUUUCAAUAUCAUAACAAAAUAUAUAUAUUUUUAUUUUAUUUUAUUUUUAUAUUUAAAUAUUUAUAUAUUUUUAUAUAUAUAUAUGCUAUUAUUUAUUAUAAUAAAAAAGGUGUACUAGUGAUAGUGAUAGUGAUGAUGAUGAUGAUUAUGAUGAUGAUGAUGAUUAUAGAGUUAUAUUUGUGUGGUGUGAUGUGGGGUGGUAAUUGA